GUCAAGGGCUAUCCCCUGCCAUUAAUAACCUGGUACUUCAAGGGACAGAAACUGGACACUGAUGGAGGACGCUAUAACCUAGUUAUCUCCCCUGUUGGUCAGAUUGAUUUAGAUUUCAGGGAUGUGACCUGGGAUGAUAUUGGGGACUAUACCUGCGUGGCGGAGAAUGAACAUGGUAAAGCUGAAAGGAUCAUCCCACUCAAAAUGGCUGAUCCACCAACCUUUAUUGAACCUCUUAAAGAUCUGAUCUUAGUAAACCGAGGAACUGGUAAACUGGAAUGUCGUGUUGACGGAAUUCCUUAUCCUACCAUCAAAUUUAACAAAGAUUGGAGACCACUAACAGAGACCUCCAGAGUUCGUAUCCGCCAUGAAUCACCAGACUACUUCUCUCUGACUGUAGAUGGCGCUUUAAGCAUGGAUGCCGGACAGUAUACUUGCGUUGCUGAAAAUCCUGCUGGAAAAAUCUUCUGUUCUGCUAGGAUUGAAGUUGAAGAUAACCUACCAGCACCUUGUGACUUGGAUUUUAAGAAUGCCAACAUUGAAGAUAAUUAUUACAUCUUAGAAGAACUAGGAAGAGGUAGACAUGGAAUUGUAAGAAGAGUGAUUGAGAAAUCAACUGGAAAUCAGUAUGCAGGUAAAUUUAUCUCUGUCCGAGAAGAUGGAGAAAAGGAUUUCUUUAGGAACGAACUGGAAACUUUACGACUGUUGAACCAUAAAAAUAUAGUUGGAGUACAUGAUGCUUAUGAAACACCUAAAUCUUUAAUUAUCGUCACUGAACUAUUAAAUGGUGGAGGACUGGUUGAUAGAAUUGUAGACCAGAACAACUGGACUGAUAACAAUGUAGCCACCAUCAUGAACCGACUAUUAGAAACAGUGAAACAUCUACAUGACAGGAAUAUUUUACAUUUGGACAUAAAGCCGUCUAAUAUCUUAUACCCCGAGAAAGAUUCAGAAGAUUUUAAACUGAUUGAUUUCGGAUUCGCCAGGAAACGUCUUGGAGAAUUAAGGAUGAAUUAUGGAACACCAGACUUCGCCUCGCCUGAAGCUGUCAUCAAUGAACCAGUCAGUGCUGCCUCUGAUUUGUGGUCUGUAGGCGCCAUGGCAUACACAUUAUUAUGUGGUUCAACUCCCUUCCAGGCAGACAGUGAUCCAGAAAUCUUAGAAAAAGUCAUGGAAGGCAACUUUCAAUUUCCACCAAUUUUCGAUAAAUUUUCACUUGAUUCUAAAGACUUUAUUUCAAAGCUUUUAGUUUUAGAACCAAGUAAAAGACUGACAAUGGAGGACAGUUUGAAUCAUCCCUGGAUUAAGAAUGCUGGUAAAGAUGGCAAGGCUUACAAGCUGGACAACAGUAGCUUCAAACACUUACAGAACAAAAUAAAGGAACAGGAGAAGCAUGCUGCAGUUAAAACUGUGGCAAAUCUGAGAAGUCUUAGAAGAAUGAUGGAUGGUGACCUCUCUGACCUAGGAUUUCAACCAAUGGUAGACCCUGUUACUGGUCAGGUGACCUUCCCUGAUUCUGCGGCGUAUGGAGAAUUCGCUGAUGAGGAGACAUGGUAUGAUUGGCAGGCUCGACAGCAUCAAGAGGGACAACUCCGUACUCCAGCUGAUACAGAUUAUAACAUUCGAGUUCGAGGAUAUCAGAGGGCCUCCAGUCAGCUGUCAGAUAGCAUGCAGUUAGAUGAAGCUGUAACCAUAUUGGAUGAUUCUAAAGUCACUACCACAAAAGAACGUAGAAUGUUAUCAGUAGAUAGAGAAGAGUUACCUCCCUCUAUUGAACGAGAGAUGGAAUGGUUGGACGGUAUGCGUAAACAUCGAACAUACGAGCCUGUUGAGUCCAGCUGUCCAUCUAAGAGAUCUUCCAUUUCCUCAGUCACCGGAGAUCGUAAGUUCAGGAAAUCCGAGCUACCACCACCAUUGUUCAAAACAAAAAUUCAGAACAAAGCAUAUCUGGUCGGAGACGACAUUUUGUUUAAAUGUCAAGUUGUGGGUCCUCCCCCGCCAACAGUCACAUGGUACAGGAACGAGGAAUUACUGACAGAUGGUGCCAGAAUUCAAACAUCGCUAGCAGAAGAUGGAACAGCUACUCUGUUAAUUCUUCAUGCCAAGCCCUAUGAUGGUGGUGUUUAUAAAUGUGUUGCUAGGAACAAAUAUGGCCGCACUUCCUGUCGUGCAAGACUUCAACCUGGAGAUGUGCCCAACCGACCAGGUAGACCAGUAGUAACACAACUUACAUCUAACUCAGCUUUAUUGAUCUGGGAAGCACCAAAAUCAGAUGGAAAUUCCGACAUCUUGUAUUAUAAGGUUGACUGUAAGAAACUAGGUGAUACAAGGUGGACUACAGUAGUAAAGAUUCUUCAUGAAUGUGCUGUUGUUGAGGGACUGAAACCAGAUGAAGCUUACCGGUUCCGUGUGUCUGCUGUCAAUCAGUUUGGAAUGAAUUUUCCAGGACGAGCUGAAAUCACAGGGGGUGAUUCAGGGAUUUUCAACCUUUUUCAUUCUUAUACCCCUUUCAGGUUCCUUUAUCAAUUGCAUUACCCCCUUCCCCCUAUAAAUCCUUACUAUUACCUCCCUUACCAUUUUAUUUUCACCAGCCACGAGGAAUCUAACUUUAUCUUUUAUUGUCAUUUCAGGGGCAAAUUUUCUGAGUUGAAAUUGUGUAACAAAGUUGGCAGUAAGGUAGAGCGAGUGAUGAAAAUCCUUCCAAUGAGUGGUAAAUCCGAGCCAGAAAAGUUCGCAGAGUAUGCCAAUCUUCGUGAUAUACGACAUACCAAAAUCAUCAGACUUUAUGAUGUUUAUUUUACGUCUGCUAGCUGGUAUCUUAUUUUCGAAAGACUGUAUGGUGAUCAUAUUGUAAGGCAAUUAGCUUUUAAACGUCGUUAUUCGGAGGACAAUGUUGCAUCAGUGAUUCGUCAAGUUUUAGGAGGUUUGCAAUUCUUACAUCGUAUCGGUAUUGCUCAUCUUAAUCUUCAACCAAGCAGUAUUGUCACUGUAAGCAGAAGACACUUGGAUGUGAAAAUCGUGGAUUUUGGACUCUCCCAGAAGAUCCCUAAUCAAGAUGGUAUCAUUGCACCCAGAGUUGGAUAUCCUGAUUUUAUUCCACCAGAAGUUGUUGCCCAAGAAAGAGUGACUGAAGCAGCAGAUAUCUGGGGUGUGGCUGCUUUGACAUUUUUGAUGUUAAGUGGUGAUUCACCCUACGCUGGUGAAACAGAUGAACACACAUUACUAAAUAUAGUCUACAAUCGGUAUGACCCACAUGACCUCUAUGAUAAUAUCAGUAAAGAGGCUCUGAAAUUCAUUUUCAAAAUAAUGAAACGACUACCCAAGAAUCGUCUGAGCGUCCAAGACUGUCUGGAACAUAAAUGGCUGCUUCAGACUGAUAGCGUUGUAAAGACACGGCAAGAUUGUGUCUUCUUAACAAAUAAACUUCGUAAAUUUUGUAAAGAUUAUGAUUGGAAUAGAAAAAAUCUUUCUUAUCGACGCGAUUUUACAACCUUCACCUUACCAGAGAGGAAACCAGUCAAAAGGGUGAAACCAAAAUCCAAAGUAGAUGUCACUGGUGAUGAACCAGUUUCUUCAGAACCAGAACCAGUGUCCGAUGAGUUACAUUCAGAAGCAGAAGCGACUAAGGUGAAACCAGAAUCGGUUGAAGAUUCUGAAACAAUGAAACCAGAACCAGUGGAUGAAACUGAGGAGAAACCAGAAACUUCCUAG